AUGUCUCACGGUUGCCAUCUGCAGGCAGACAAGCCAACCACCAUCAUCGAAGCAGAUGGCAUCAUUAAUCUUUCACUCUUAUUUUACUUCUUUUUUUUUUUUUCUUUUCUUGGAUUUUUCUCUUUAUCCUCUUUUUAUAUUCUCUUUUCUUUUUUUUCCCUUAAUUCUUCUUCCUUCAUUCUCCACAUCUUUCUCUCUAUCAUUCAUGGUCUUUAUUCAUCUUUUUUUUGUUGUUUUGGAUUUUUCUCUUUCUCCUUUUUUUUUAUAUUCUCUUUUCUUUUAAUUUUCUAUCUAUCUAUCUAUCUACCUAUGCCCAUUCAAAUCCCUAUCUAUCUAUCUAUCUAUCUAUCCCCAUUCAAAUCCCUAUCUAUCUAUCUAUCUAUCUAUCUAUCUAUCUAUCUAUCUAUCUAUCCCCAUUCAAAUCCCUAUCUAUCUCCCAUUCAAAUCUAUCUAUCUAUCUAUCUAUCUAUCUAUCUAUCUAUCCCCAUUCAAAUCCCCAUCUAUCUAUCCCCAUUCAAUCAUCUAUCUAUCCUUUCAAAUCCCUAUUCAUCUAUCUAUCUAUCCCCAUUCAAAUCCCUAUCUAUCUAUCUAUCCCCAUUCAAAUCCCUAUCUAUCUAUCUAUCCCCAUUCAAAUCCCUAUCUAUCUAUCUAUCCCCAUUCAAAUCCCUAUCUAUCUAUCUAUCUAUCUAUCUAUCUAUCUAUCUAUCUAUCUAUCUAUCCCCAUUCAAAUCCCUAUCUAUCUAUCUAUCUAUCCCCAUUCAAAUCCCUAUCUAUCUAUCUAUCUAUCCCCAUUCAAAUCCCUAUCUAUCUAUCUAUCUAUCUAUCUAUCCCCAUUCAAAUCCCUAUCUAUCUAUCUAUCUAUCUAUCUAUCUAUCUAUCUAUCUAUCUAUCUAUCCCCAUUCAAAUCCCUAUCUAUCUAUCUAUCUAUCUAUCUAUCUAUUUUCACAUCCAUCUCUCUCUGAUUCAUUGUCUUUCUUAUUUUACAUCCUUUUUUUUCUUUUACAUUUCCUUUUCUUUGUUUUACUUUCUCUUGAUUUUUCCUCUUUCUUUUUCUUUGCAUCCUUUUUUUUAUUUCUCCUCUUUUGA